AUGGUGAAGAAAGCGGCAGCGAAGAAAGCGGUUGAAGCUCCUAAAAUCGAUGAUGUCGCGGUUGAAGUUCCGCGAAAGCGAGGACGACGGCCAAAUCUACCUUUUGAAUCAAUUCCUACUCCUAAAAUCGAUGAUGUCGCGGUUGAAAUGGCGGUUGAAGUUCCGCGAAAGCGAGGACGACGGCCAAAUCUAUCUUCUGAAUCAAUUCAUGUUGCUAAGGAAUCUGUGCCUAUAAAAAAGAACAAAAAGGCUGGCAAUCCGAAAACCAAAGAUAUUCAGCUUGUACCUGAACCUGAAAUAGAACCAAUUGAAGGAGAAGAACCAAGUCAACAACUAGCUUUACAAAAUGCUUCUUUGGUUGACGUUCCACAGCCUGAAUCUCAUCAACUCCAUGCACAAGUUUUGAAAGAAGUUGGCGCUGAUGGCCUGCCAAUUGUGUUUAAUUUUGAUACACAAUGUUCAGGAGGAUCAUUGUGUAAAUUAAUUAAAGAAUUCUCUCCUGAACAAAAGGCAGCUGUUGAAGAGAUUGGCUUUGGAGGAUUGUUAAGCCUUCAAUUAAGUCGAAAAAACACUCAGAUGAUGUACUGGUGCAUCAAAUGUUUUGAUGGAGUGAGUUCCUUGUUCUCUAUCAGUGAUUCCAAGCAAUUUGAAAUCACUGAUUAUGAUGUGUACGACUUGUUUAUGCUCCCCCUUUCUGAGCUGGAGGUUGAAGGGGUUAAACGAGGACGCAAUUCUACUAAUCCUGAUUUGGAUUUGAAGAUCAAGUGGAGGAAAGAAUUUGGUUUUGAAGAGGUCAAUGCUCAAAUUCCUGUGAGGCUGCUUGAGGACAGGAUCAAAUUGUUGACAGACGGUGGUGAUCUGUUUAAACAAUUAUUUGUUUUUGUUGCUUUCUCUACUUUUUUUAGUCCUACAGCCAAUAGGACUGUAGAUUUACGAUUGGCUAAGGCUUUGGAGGAUCCUAAAAUGAUUCCCAAAUACAAUUGGUGUAAAUACGUUCUUGACGUAUUAUGUGAGGAAACUGUUAAAUUCAAAAAUUCUUUAUUGAAAGGCAAAGAUCAGAAGACAUUUGGAGGCUGUGUUGUGUUUUUGCAACUUGUGUAUUUUCAGAGGAUUAAGUUUAGGAAUUCCAGUGGUAUUCCUGAUCAAUUACCUCUUAUUCAGCAUUGGACAUCGAAGAUGGUAACCGAUCGGAUUCAUGCUGAAAAUGCAAAUAUGAGUGCAUUAUAUGGUUCUGGUAUAUUGGAGAAGGGGAAGUAUCCAAUUUCCAAAAAGUUUGUUUUUGUUGAUGGUCAAAUAGAUUUGACCCAAAUCAAAUCUAUUUCGAAAGAAAAUGAAGCAGGCAGCAGUGGGGGAAGAGCUGAACAGCCCUAUGUUGGGCGUCGAAUUCCAAGUCGGCGUCCUAGGAUUCUUCAGUUUGAAAUCCCUAAUUCUCAUCCUACAGAUGAAGAAAUUUUCUCUAAAGCCACUGAUGAUUUUCAUGGUCAGUGGUUGUUGAUGAAGAGAGAUCUGGAUGUAGUUUCAGCCAUCCAUGCUGAAGAGCUGUUCAAAUUAAAGGCUUCAAUGCCUUCGCAGAACCAUGGCGAUGAUAUUUUGGAAAAUUCCACUUAUCAAAAGAUGGUUGAUGAGUUGGUGGAGAUUCAUCAGUUGGUGAAGAAUCUACCAAAUGGUUGGGAUGACAUUUUUGGUUCAAGUAACAAUCCAGUUGUUACUGCUGCCCCUCAACCUUCUGCCGUUGUUCCAACUGAGCCUGCAGUUGUUACAGCUGCUGUUGUUGAUGCAACAACAUCUACCGAAGCAAUUAUUCGAGAAGUUGAUCCUGACACUCAAAUAAAUGCAGUUCUUGAUUCUUUGAAAAGCAAAGAUAAAGAAAUUACGGAGGAUGAUGAUGAAGAAAUAGAAGAAUAUGAGCGCGUGUGGGUUGGAUUUCAAAAAUGCAUCAUUAACAACCAUGCUGUAUCAAGAGUGAAUGUCAGUGUCUAUGGCAUAGAGGAAAAUGUGAUGUUUAUGUCUCCGUUUAUGAUAGCAUUUGAAGAUUUAAUGAGGCAUCUUCCAGCAUUUGUUCAAGAAGCUGUGGACUUUGCUGCUCUGACUGAUGGAGAGGGUAUUUUGACUGAUGAUAAAGUUAUAGAAUACAAUCAUUUUAUCGCGGUAGGAAGAGAUGACAUGUGGACCCUUCCUUCCACAUUUGAUAUUCUUUUGAUUCAUAUUGAAGCUUGGGCUUUUUUAUUGAAUGAAAAUGAAAGGAAUCCUGCUGGUUCUCCUCAGAAGCUGUUUUUAGGUGGCACAUAUUGUAAAUAUGUUGCUGAUUUGAUUGAGAAACCAGGCAAUGAAAAAAUCUUGUCUGAAUUGUGUGUUUGUCUUAAUUAUGGUGUGAAAGAUGUAAAUGGAGUUCAAUCGUUGAAAGUUUGUAAUAUGGUAUGA